UCUUCAUGACAGUACUAGUGAAGCACAAACAUGCCUCGAGGCUCCUAGAAAUUGCUUCGAACUUAUGUAAUUUUGGGGCAGUACACCGAGUCUGUUUAUUAGCCAAACGCGUGCUUAUUAUAAAAGGUAGACGCGAAUCAAACUUUGACGCACAAACAACUCGCACACGACCAUCUAUCAAUUGAACCUUAAAAUGACAGACUAUGACAUGGACUUUGAGUUGAGCUCAUCGUCAUCUCGAGAUUCAUCCCCGUCGUCGUCGCCGUUGACAGCACCCUUAGACUCAUCUCCGCCCUCGAGUCCACAGCAUGAGCCGUAUGUCCUAGACUCUCCACCCUCGACGCGUCUAGGUUUCUCCCAUCCGUUCGCGGCCUCAACAAACGCCAACAAACGCCCUCCACAGCGGGAAAAGAAGGCAGAUACUCCCCCGAGUACACCUCCCGCGUUUACCUCGACCCCAUUAUCCCGCAACUCAGUCUAUUCUCGCUCGCUGGGAGCAAAAGACUACUCGCACGAUGAAACGUCAAGUCUAUUCUCUCUAGACUCGAGCACAUCGCAUUACAUUGAUCGCGAUGAGCGAUUAUGGGACGACGCUUUGCGCAAACCCUUCGAUACAGGUAACGGGCACAUAGACCUGAGUAAUCUAUCGUUGAAGACAAUUCCCGCGUCGGUCGCCGAUCUCGCGGGUUUUUUCAAUACGACAGAAUUAUCCGAGCAAAGUCUAGUCUCCGGACGCAGUCUGUCACGCGUCAAAACGGAACCGGCUUUCCGGUCUCCGGUGCGCUCAUUCGAGCGGACGAAGUCCAUCAUAGACUCGGGAAAGGAGCGACAUAUGCUACAACUCUACCUCUUUGGAAACAGCAUCCGCGAUCUUCCUCCUGAGCUUUUCAAGUUAGAAAAUCUGACUGUGUUGAGUCUGCGCGGGAACCAGUUGACAUAUAUUCCCCCAGAGAUAUGCCGUUUGAUCAACUUGAAGGAGCUGAAUAUCUCGCUAAACCGCCUGCCAUACAUUCCAUCGGAGAUGCAAGAUAUGAAACUCUCCAAGUUACAGCUCACCCCAAACCCCUUCUUGGCCGAGCCUUGCGUCCCUUCCGCCUCCCGCAACAUUCUAUCUCAGCGGCGGUCCAUGGCUCGCAUACCAUCACAAUACAGGGAGUCGACGAUGAAUGCAUCGAGAGCCAUCACUGUAUCUCCCUUGGUAACGUCUCUUCCGGGCGUACCUCCACUGACUGAGCUUUGUUAUCGGAAGUUGCUUUGCUCAUUGAAAGGCGACAACUCUCGGACUGUGCUCAGCGAAUACUAUGGGGUACCUCUUUCCGGCAUUUGGAAUGUGCCAGAAAAUGUACGCGAUGUAUUGAUGGAGAACGUGCCCUUUGUUUUCAAGCCCAAUGGUAUCCCUCGAAAACAUGGCAGGAGGCUGUCGCAGGGCUCGGGCGGGUGUGCAAACCCGGAGCACAAGGGCCGAUUCUUCGUUAGGCACGCUGCGGAGCGAUUUACAUGGGAGCGUCGCAUUGCUGGUGUAGACGUAGGUGGAGCGGUUCCGCUGCGAUGGAGAGGGUGCACAGAGACGUGCUUGCGGUUCUUGGAUGAGGAUACACGACAAACCAACUCUAUAGAGCUGCCACCUACGGAUGCGAGCGAUGCGAUGGAUUUUGAUGAGACGGAGGCCGUGAUGGCAAUGAACUUGAGCGGGUUCGGCAUGGAUGAAUUUGAUGACUGAAGGUAUAUCAACGAAUAAUCAAGACACUUCAUAUUGUGACAAAUUUGUACAGUAAGUAUCUGUUUCCAUCGUCCUGUAUGUUAUACCAUACCUUGUGCAUCAUCCUUUAUAGUGACUAUGCCUUACAACUGGAUUGUAAUCACUCUGAAUUCUGCUUCGCAUUUACAUGGUGUUUAGGAAUUUUCGUCUGCUCCCGGCUCCAGUAACUGACUUGCAACAUAUGGAUAGAUCAGGAUUCCGAAUUCCUCCUUGGCCAUCAUUGGAGUGAU